AUGCCCGGGGACACCGUCGAUGGAUUCAAUGUUAAAAAGUCCACGGAGCCCGUCCAGCCCCGAGCCCUCCUCAAGUUGCCAGACAUCUACGGACCCAGGCCGGCUGUGACAGCCCCGGAGGUCAUCAACUAUGCGGACUAUACCCUGAGGACCACGGAGGAACCUGUUGCACCUGCCAGCCCCCAGGCCCCGAAUGACAGCCGCCUCAAGAGGCAGGUCACAGAGGAACUGUUCAUCCUUCCUCAGAAUGGUGUGGUAGAGGAUGUGUGUGUCAUAGAGGCCUGGAACCCGGAGAAGGCCGCCAGUUGGAACCAAGCCCCCAAACUCCACUACCGCUUGGACUAUGACCAGCAGAAGGCGGAACUGUUUGUGACUCGCCUGGAAGCUGUGACCAGUGGCCACGAUGGAGGCUGUGACUGCUAUGUCCAAGGCAGCGUGGCCAACAGGACGGGCACCGCAGAGGCCCAGACGGCCCUGAAGAAGCGGCAGCUGCACACCAUGUGGGAGGAAGGCCUGGCGCUCCCCCUGGCGGAGGAAGAGCUCCCCACAGCCACCCUGCUGCUGACCCUGCGGACCUGCGACCGCUUCUCCCGCCACAGCGUGGUCGGGGAGCUCCGCCUGGGCCUGGACGGGGUGUCUGUGCCUCUGGGGGCCGCCCAGUGGGGUGAGCUGAAGACUUCAGUUAAGGAACCAUCUGCAGGAACUGGAGAGGUCCUUCUAUCCAUCAGCUAUCUCCCAGCUGCCAACCGCCUCCUGGUCGUGCUCAUUAAGGCCAAGAACCUCCACUCCAACCAGCCCAAGGCGCUCCUGGGGAAGGAUGUCUCUGUCAAGGUCACCUUAAAGCACCAGGCUCAGAAGCUGAAGAAGAAGCAGACCAAACGGGCCAAGCACAAGAUCAACCCCGUGUGGAACGAGAUGAUCAUGUUCGAGCUGCCGGAUGGCCUGUUGCAGGCCUCCAGUGUGGAGCUGGAGGUGCUGGGCCAGGACGAGGAGGGGCAGAGCUGUGCGCUUGGCCGCUGCAGCCUGGGCCUGCACGCCUCGGGCUCCGAGCGCAACCACUGGGAGGAAAUGCUCAAAAACCCCCGGAGGCAGAUCGCCAUGUGGCACCAGCUGCGUCUGUAG